AUGGCGGCGGCGGCGGCGGGCGCCGAGGGGCGGCGUGCGGCCGUGGAGGCGGCGGCGGCGGCGCCCGAGCGGGGCGGGGGCAGCUGCGUGCUGUGCUGCGGGGACCUGGAGGCCACGGCGCUGGGCCGCUGCGACCACCCGGUGUGCUACCGCUGCUCCACCAAGAUGCGGGUGCUGUGUGAGCAGCGCUACUGCGCCGUGUGCCGCGAGGAGCUGCGCCAGGUGGUCUUCGGGAAGAAGCUUCCCGCCUUCGCCACGAUCCCGCUCCAGCAGCUGCAGCACGAGAAGAAAUACGACAUCUACUUCGCAGAUGGAAAGGUGUUUGCAUUGUACAGGCAGCUGCUGCAGCACGAGUGCCCGCGGUGUCCUGAGCGGCCGCCCUUCGGCCUCUUCGGGGACCUGGAGCAGCACAUGCGGCGACAGCACGAGCUCUUCUGCUGCAAGCUGUGCCUGCAGCACCUCAAGAUCUUCACAUACGAGCGCAAGUGGUACUCGCGCAAGGACCUGGCCCGGCACCGCAUGCAGGGGGACCCCGACGACACGUCCCACCGCGGGCACCCGCUCUGCAAGUUCUGUGACGAGCGCUACCUGGACAAUGACGAGCUGCUCAAACACCUGCGCCGCGACCACUACUUCUGCCACUUCUGUGACGCCGACGGGGCGCAGGACUACUACAGCGACUACGCCUACCUGCGGGAGCACUUCCGAGAGAAGCACUUCCUGUGUGAGGAGGGCCGCUGCAGCGGCGAGCAGUUCACCCACGCCUUCCGCACCGAGAUCGACCUCAAGGCACACAGGACGGCCUGCCACAGCCGCAGCCGUGCCGAGGCCCGCCAGAACCGCCAGAUAGACCUGCAGUUCAGCUAUGCGCCGCGGCACACGCGCCGCAGCGAGGGGGUCGUCAGUGGCGAGGACUACGAGGAGGUGGACAGGUACAACCGCCAGGGCCGAGCAGGCCGGGCUGGUGGGCGCGGAGCCCAGCAGAGCCGCCGAGGAAGCUGGAGGGAGGAAGAGGACCGGGAAGUGGCGGCUGCCCUCCGGGCCUCGGUGGCUGCGCAGCCGCAGGAGGAGCCCCGCAGGAGCGAGGACCGGGAGGAAGGCGGCAGGGCCAAGAGGGAGGAGGCGGCCGCUCGGGGCCAGGAGGAGCCCCGCGGUGCCCGCCGCCUGCCCCGGCCUCAGGGGGAAGGCCCAGGCCCCAAGGAAGCCUCAGCCAAUGGUCCCAUCAGCCAAGAAGCCUUCCCAGCUGCAGGGCCAGCCCCAGGGGCCGCCCCUCCGAGCUCCCUCCCGCCACCCACGCCCAAGCUCAAGGACGAAGACUUCCCCAGUCUGAGUGCCUCCAGCUCUUCCGCCUGCUCCGCGGCAGCAGCGUCGGGCUCUGUGGGGUUGGCGCUGGCGUACCCGGCUCCCGCCAGGGGCAAGAAGGCCUUCCAGGAGGAGGACUUCCCCGCCCUGGUGUCCUCGGUGGCCAAGCCCAGCGCCGCGCCCCCCAGCCUCCUCUCUGCCUGGAACAGCAGCUGCGGCAAGAAGGGGGCGCAGGCUGCUGGUGGGGGCAGCCAGCCCCCAAGGAAGGCCGGGAAGGGGAGCCGGGGCGGCCGACGGGGUGGCGCGCCGUGCGCGGAGGAGGAGGGCGGUGGCGUCACCGCCCAGGAGCUGCGGAGCACGCCUGCCACCGUCCCUGUCGCGGCCCUGCUGGGACCCACCUCCACCAAGCUCGGCAAGAAGAAGAAAGUGGGCUCUGAGAAGCCCGCUGCCUCCUCCCCACCACUGCCCCCUGACGGCAGUGCCAAGCCCCCUGGGGCCGAGCAGGCCCUGGAAGGCCCUGGCAGCGGAGCCGAAGGGCCGGUGACUGUCGUCAAUGGACACGCGGAGGGGCCGGCCCCAGCACGGAGCACCCCCAAGGAGCCCCCUGGGCUGUCGCGGCCCCUGGGGCCCCUCCCCUGCCCCACACCCCAGGAGGACUUCCCGGCACUCGGAGGCCCCUGCCCCUCUAGGACGCCCCCUCCCCCAGGCUUCAACAGCGCACUGCUCCUAAAGAGCACCCCGCCCCCGCCCCCCCCAGGCCUGGCGCCCCCCGUCAGCAAACCACCACCCGGCUUCUCCGGCCUCCUGCCUGGCCCCCACCUACCCUGCGUCCCUGGCCCGGCCGCCACCAUGAAAGCACCCAGGCUGACACCCACACCACGGGCUUACCUGGUGCCCGAGAACUUCCGAGAAAGGAACCUGCAGCUCAUCCAGUCCAUCAAGGACUUCCUGCAGAGUGACGAGGCCCGCUUCAGCAAGUUCAAGAACCACUCUGGGGAGUUCAGACAGGGCAUGGUGUCUGCAGCCCAGUAUUACAAGAGCUGCCGGGACCUGCUGGGGGAGAACUUCCAGAAGAUCUUUAACGAGCUGCUGGUGCUGCUGCCGGACACGGCCAAGCAGCAGGAGCUGCUGUCUGCGCACACAGACUUCCGCAGCCGCGAGAGGCCCCCCGGCGCCAAGUCCAAGAAGAACAAGAAGAGUGCGUGGCAGGCCAGCACCCAGCAGGCGGGCCUGGACUGCUGUGUGUGCCCCACCUGCCAGCAGGUGCUGGCUCAGGGCGACGUGAGCAGCCACCAGGCGCUGCACGCCGCCCGGGACGGUGACUUCCCCUCCCUGCAAGCCAUCGCCCGGAUCAUCACGUAGCUCCCGCCAGCGUGGGCAGGAGCUGUCCCACCAUCGGCCUCCCCUCUUCCCGGCAGCCAGGCCUCUCGUCCCCCUGCCAGGGCAUUGCUAGGUCCGCUCUGCCGUCAGCACAGGUCCCACCGAGGCUCCACCCACCUCAGUACCAGGCCGGCUUGGUUUGGAUUCACGUGCGAUUGGGCGUGCGGGAGAGGGAGAGGCCGAGGCCCAGGCCGUACCGGUCACCACCUGAGGCCACGGCAGUCCCAUCUGGGCUCUCCCGCAUCGGGCUGCAGCCCUGAAACCCCCAAAGCCAGAAGCUGUGGAUCCGCUGGUGCUGGAGUCCGGUACUGAGUGUCGUGUAAACAGGUGGCUGUUUUGUGAUUCUAGAAUGUUCAGGAUUAAAACCAGACAUGAAAUUGUGCUACUUGAAGUUGUAUCUUUUUAUGAGACAAGCUGAAUCUGGGAUCUCAAGUUGCCUCUGACCUUUUAUAAGAGUUUAUCUUCAAAUAAAUUUAUUUUGCAAUACUGC